AUGCAGACUGCUUCUACAAACAUUUGUGAAAGAAAGGGUCACUCUCAGGAGCUCAGUGAAUUCAAGCGUGGUACCGUGAUAGGUUGCCACCUGUGCAAUAAGUCCAUCCGUGAAAUUUCCUUGCUACUAAAUAUUCCACGGUCAACUAUUAGUGGUGUUAUAACAAAGUGGAAGCAACUGGAAACAACAGAAACUUAGCCACGAAAUGAGUGUGGUCAGCGCAUGCUGAAGUGCACAGUGCACAGAAGUCGCCAACUGUCUGCAGAGUCAAUAGCUAAAGACCUCCAAACUUUGUAUGGCCUUCAGAUUAGCACAACAACAGUGCGUAGAGAGCUUCAUGGAAUGGGUUUACAUGGCUGA